UGCGAGCUGCCCGCCCUCGCUCCUCCAGUCUCUGCGCCCUCCCGCCAUGCCCGAGGAGGCGGGCUUCCCGCCGCCUAAGAGAUUCCGGCAGGGCCUUGGGCCUCCGAGCCACGACGGGAGGCGAGUGGUAAUGCUGAGUGCGGGCGGCGGCGGCGGCGGAGGAGGAGGAGGAGGCCGGCGGCGGCAGCCGCCCCUGGCCCAGCCCUCGGCCAGUCCCUACCCCGAGGCCGUGGAGCUGCAGCGCCGGAGUCUGCCCAUCUUCCAGGCGCGGGGGCAACUGUUGGCCCAGCUCCGAAACCUGGACAGCGCCAUCCUCAUCGGGGAAACUGGCUCUGGGAAGACCACUCAGCUCCCUCAGUACCUCUAUGAAGGGGGCGUUGGGCGCCAGGGCAUCAUUGCUGUGACCCAGCCUCGGCGAGUGGCGGCCAUCUCUCUUGCUACUAGAGUCUCAGAUGAGAAGAGAACUGAACUCGGGAAGCUGGUUGGCUAUACAGUGCGCUUCGAUGACGUCACCUCAGAAGACACCAGGAUCAAGUUCCUGACCGACGGCAUGCUUCUGCGGGAAGCCAUCUCAGACUCCUUGCUUCGGAAGUACAGCUGCGUCAUUUUGGAUGAAGCCCACGAGCGGACCAUCCACACUGACGUGCUCUUUGGCGUGGUGAAGGCCGCACAGAAGAGGCGGAAGGAGCUGGGGAAGCUGCCUCUCAAAGUGAUCGUGAUGUCAGCUACGAUGGAUGUGGACCUGUUCUCUCAGUAUUUCAAUGGAGCUCCUGUCCUCUACCUGGAGGGUCGGCAGCAUCCAAUCCAGAUUUUUUACACCAAACAGCCUCAGCAAGAUUACUUGCACGCCGCACUUGUCUCAGUCUUCCAGAUUCACCAGGAAGCCCCUUCCUCGCAGGACAUCCUGGUGUUCCUCACUGGCCAGGAGGAAAUCGAAGCCAUGAGCAAGACCUGCCGAGACAUCGCAAAGCACCUCCCCGACGGCUGCCCCCCCCUGCUGGUCCUGCCUCUGUACGCCUCCCUGCCCCAUGCGCAGCAGCUCCGCGUCUUCCAGGCGGCGCCGAAGGGCUAUCGCAAAGUGAUCAUUUCAACCAACAUCGCUGAAACCUCCAUAACCAUUACAGGAAUAAAAUAUGUAGUUGACACGGGCAUGGUUAAAGCCAAGAAGUAUAACCCUGACAGUGGCCUGGAGGUGUUAGCUGUGCAGCGGGUGUCAAAGACGCAGGCGUGGCAACGCACCGGACGCGCUGGCAGAGAGGACAGCGGCGUCUGUUACCGGCUCUACACAGAGGAUGAGUUUGAGAAGUUUGAGAAGAUGACCGUGCCAGAGAUCCAAAGGUGUAACCUGGCGAGCGUGAUGCUGCAGCUCCUAGCCAUGAAAGUCCCCAACGUGCUCACCUUCGACUUCAUGUCCAAACCGUCUCCAGAUCACGUUCAGGCGGCCAUCGCCCAGCUGGACCUGUUAGGUGCCCUUGAACACAAGGAUGCGCAGCUCACCCUGACUCCACUCGGAAGGAAGAUGGCAGCAUUUCCCUUAGAGCCCAAAUUUGCCAAAACCAUCCUCCUGUCCCCCAAAUUCCACUGUACGGAGGAGAUACUGACCAUUGUCUCCCUGCUGUCCGUGGACAGCGUCCUCUACAGCCCGCCCUCCCGGCGGGAUGAAGUGCAGGGCGUCCGGAAGAAGUUCAUAUCCAGCGAGGGCGAUCACGUCACCCUGCUCAACAUCUACCGGACCUUCAGAAACUUGGGUGGAAAUAAGGAUUGGUGCAAAGAGAAUUUUGUCAACAGCAAGAAUAUGAUGCUAGUAGCUGAAGUCAGAGCCCAGCUGAGGGAUAUCUGUGUAAAGAUGUCCAUGCCCAUGAUGUCAUCCCGAGGGGACAUGGAGACGGUCCGCCGCUGCCUGGCUCACAGCCUCUUCAUGAGCACCGCCGAGCUCCAGCCAGACGGGACCUACGCCACCACAGACACGCACCAGCCGGUGGCCAUCCACCCCUCGUCCGUCCUCUUCCACUGCAAGCCAGCCUGCGUCGUGUACACCGAGCUGCUCCACACCAACAAGUGCUACAUGCGCGACCUCUGCGUGGUGGACGCCGAGUGGCUGUACGAGGCCGCCCCCGAGUACUUCCGCAGGAAGCUGAGGGCCAGCAGGAGCUGAGCCACGGCCUGGGGGCUGGGCCACAGCGUCCUCCUAACUGACUGCCCGCUCGGCGCCUAGAGAGGCAGCGGGUUUUAACCCUCCAGAACCUGCCCGACUUCCUGGAGCUUACACGUGUCUUUCUUUAAACUCCUGAGGCUGAAUGAAUCAUGUAGACGGGUAGAUACUAUUCAUACCUUUGAAACAUCAAAAUUGUGCUUUAGGUCCUUGCUGGGUGACUUUGGGUGACAUAGUUAACUUCGGAGCCCCCGUUUCUUAGAUGCCAAAGGGAGCAAUAAUCCUCAUAGGGUUGGGGUCAUGAGGCUUAGAGAAAAUGAAAGAUGAACAUUGAAUUGUUGGCUUCAUCUUCCUGCUUUUUACAUAAUGUGAAUUGAGUACCACAGGCUCCCCAGUUCUCGAGACCAAGGGACUUUCCAGAAGGGGACAGUGGGAGGGCACAGAGCUGUUGUCUUGAUCUAUUUUAAUGUCUGUCUGUACAGAGUAUUUUUUUAAUCCUCACCCAAGGAUAUAUUUUCCACUGAUCUUCAGAGAGAGUGGGAGGGGAGAGACAGACAGAAACAUCAAUGUGAGAGAGACACAUUGAUUGGUUCCCUCCCGCACACACCCCAGCCAGGUCAGGGGUCAAGCCUGCAACUGAAGCAUGCACCCUUGACCGGAAUCGAACCCUUCGGUCUGCGGUCAGUACACUAACCACUGAGAAACCCAGCCAGAACUGUGCAGAGUUUUUUGGGUUUUCUUAAUAUGUUUUUAUUUAUUUCAGAGAGGGAGAGUGAGAUAGAAGCAUCAAUGAUGAUAGCGAAUCAUUGAUCGAUUGCCUCCUGCAUGCCCCACACUGGGGGGUCGAGUCCGCAACCUGGGCAUGUGCCCUGACUGGGAAUCAAACCAUGGCCUCUUGGUUCAUAGGUCAAUGCUCAACCACUGAGCCACGCUGGCUGGUCCAGAGUCUUUCAAUAGAAAACAUAAGAGGGUGAGAUCUGUAGACGUUUUGGUGGAGAGGUGCUGGCCGCUCCUGCUGAACCUCUUCCUCAGGUGAGGACGCUUGCUGCCUCCAAGCAGAGGAGUGGAGCAGCGCCUGCGGGUUGCCGAGCUGAGCAUCUUCGUCCUUGGUGCUUCUGUGGCGGCCAUCCUCACCUGCCCUUCCGGGAGGCGUGGACGUUUCCUGGGUGAAGGUUGAUUUGUAUCUUCUGAAUCCUGCCAGGUGUAACUGCGGGAAACUGGCCCGGAGGGUGAUGGCCCCAGCAUACAGCUGCUGUGUCUCUGUAAUGGCACGCAGAAUAUGUGAGCAGAAGGAACGACUCCAGGCUACAUUUCAGCCACUUCUCUUCUGGCAGGGCCACUGGUCAGAGAGCUGUUGGGGUGGAGGGAGAGACGAAUGGUCCAUGAGAACCAGGCAGCAUUGGCUCACCCCAUUCACAACAUCUGGCGGUUAUAUUCUAGCUUUUAUUUAUUUUAUCUUCUUUCCUCCUUUGGGACUUGGGCACAACCUGGGUUUGUUACUUCCUAACAAAGUGGCCAUCGCUCUCUAACCCUAGUGUCUACAUUUCUCAGAGGGAAUUGGUGGUUCUCCGCCCUCUCUUCCUAUCCUCUUUUUUUGGGAAGGGAAGAGACAUUAACGGUCCUUCUUAGCUAUUUAGUUACCAAAAGUGACUGGAUGUCUUGUCCUAGAAGCAGCCAAGAUUUAGCCUUUUUAAUGUGCUUAAUUGGUCUAAACGCGUGUGCAGUAUUUUGGUCAUUAUGCACAGUGAGCCAUGCCGCUUCUGUGCGAGGGGCCAACUGAGAGGCCCUGCAGGGGCAGCGGACGGUCUCUGCACUCGGGAUCCAGGGCACUCCGAGACCAGCCUGCUGAGCUCCCGGGGCCCGUCCCAUCGGUGCGUGUCUGCCCGCCGCGUCUGCUCGGGCUUCCAGCACGCGCUGGGGCCCCGAGAAGUCCAGCUCUUAUGUGGUGCUCAGGCACUUGACACUUAAUUGUUAGAAAUAUUUACGUUUAGGCCAAAUAGGAUUCAGCAGAUCCGGUGUACCCUAUCUCAGUGAUUUCCAACCUUUUCCGUCUCAUGGCACACAUGAACUAAUUCAAAUUCUGCGGCACAUCAAAAAAAAUAUUUUUUGCCAACCUGACCCAAAAAUUAGGUAUACUUUUGAUUCAUUCACACUAGACAGCCAUUGUAUUGGCUGUUGUCUUUUUUUUUUUUUUUAAUCUAAGGGAAAAGAGGUCAGUGCCCCUAACUAGUCAGGUAUUGCAUGUUUUAAAAAUUCUUGCAGCACACCGGUUGGAAAAUCGCUGCCCUGUUUUAUUGAAUACUUAGACUUUUAGCAGGCUCUUCCUCAGAUUGACUUGUUUUUACUGUUGCUAACUUUCUGGAAAGUUUUUCAGAAGGUUUUUAAAGUGUAUUUUUCUUAUUUAUUUAAUAGAGGCCUAGGAUGUUUAGCCCGACUUGGUAAGAGAAAAUGUAUUUUUAAUAAAAAAUUAACCAUGUUGGUAAAAAAAAAAAAAAAAGCGGGGCGAUAUAUCAUGUCCCUCCGCAAAUUCUCUCUCUUAGAAUAAUUGUGUCCAAUUGAAGUACUUUAAGAGUUUCUGGAAAAUGUAUAUUCUUUUCUAAGCAGGAAUAAGGGAUAGAUAGCUUCUAAGUAGCUUUAAUGUUUCUGUACAGAAAUAUGUUUAUCACUGUAACAUUCUGGUAGACCUUUAAUACAGUAGCUUUUUAUUGGGCUUUUUAAAAAGUUAUUUUUUAACAUAGCUGCUCAGGGAUUACAUCAGAUUGGAAAACUCAUUCUGACUCCACAUGUCCUACAAAGAAGUAAAUGGUUAUUUAUAUUGAGCUGCAGGGGAUAGUACAUUUUAAACUUAAGAAAGUUGAAUGUUUCACAAUGAUGUUGCAAAGUGAUCUUGAGCUACUCUUUUUCUAUUGGUAAAACCUCUUUUCCUGUCUGCAAUCCAUGUCUGGGUGAAUCACCAGCUCCCAUGAGCAGCUUCAUGUAAAUAGAUGCACUCCAAGCAGAUUGCAUGCCUGCUACCGGUGUUGAUCUACUUCCAGGAAUCGUGGCGCGUGGAACAUCCGAGCAACACAAAUUCCAUUACAGGGAAAGAACUGUAAAGUUCUCUCCCGACACCUGGUCCUUGUUAAUAACCCUUACUUAAUUAAUGUUGCAUCUCUGCUGGUUGUAAAGAGAUGCCAGAAUGGAGACAAGUUUUUGCUCUGUGGGUAAAACCUUUAUUUAAAUCCAUUUAAUCCAGCAUCAAGAACUGCUUGGAACUGUGGCCAGGCAUCUAAGAUACCAUUCCGUGAGCAUAUAAGGGAGCACUGCAUCUGUCCAGGGAAGCAGGAUUCAAUUAUAUCUUAUUUGUUCAGAACGUAAUUUGCAGAGGGAAAAACACAGACAAAUCAAGCUGGUUCAGGUUUAUGGUGUACUUAGAGAAUCUGAUGUCAUUCAAAUAGACAUAGCUUUACAGAAACAUCUGUUCUUGUAUUUAAUGCUCAAAUUUGCACAUGACUAUCAAAUUAAUUAAAAAUGAAUCUU